AUGUUCAUGGUGUGCCUGACUUCCCAGCUGCUCAGGGCUGUUCCCUGGGCAGGUUGUAGUGGGCCUUGGCCUGUCUGCGAGGUGUUGGGCAGGCAUGCCUGCAGGCCUCGCUACAGCAUGCAACCAAUAGGCCCAAGUGGGGUUGCCUCCCUCCCUGACAGGCGGGUCCACAUGGAGCUUGAGGAGAUGCUGGUCCCCAGGAAGAUGUCCAUCAGCCCCCUGGCGAGCUGGCUGACCGUUCGCUACCUCCUGCCCAGACUGGAUGCUGGGGCCCCAGGGACUGUGUCUCCAGCCCAAGUCUAUGAGUGUCCACCCAGCCAGGUGGGGGAAGGGGUCGAGCAGGGGGGUAAAGAGGUCUGGGACGCACCCCAGAUACAGUCCAAAAACGUGCUCAAGAUCCGCCGGCAGAAGAUGAAUCAUCACAAGUACCGCAAGCUGGUCAAGAGGACCUGGUUCCUGCGGCAGAAAGUCAGGGAGGGACGCCUGAAACGGAAGCAGAUGAGGUUCGAGACAGACCUGAGGCGCAUCUGGCGGAAGGCGGGCCUGAAGGAAGCCCCCGCAGGCUGGCAGACCCCCAAGCUCUACCUGAAGGGCAAAUGA